GGGGCUGCCCAGACUUGUUAGGAUGCCUGGACUUCUAGAGGGCUAGCUAGGGGGCAAAGGGCGAGUUUGUGGGGCGUCAGUGUUCCCCCCCGAAUCGGCUCAGGGAUCCGCCUCUUGAGCUGGGAAGCUCUUGUUAAAUAGUCCCGGCCAUUCAGUGCUUUUGCCUAACUUGCUGCAAAGUUUUUCUAGAUAUCAUCUCUUUUGAUCACUGUUCCUGAUUGUGGCUUUGUGCAAGCAUUAAAUUGUGUGCCUUUUGUUCCUUGAAAAAAGAGCAGGUGCUAGCAACCCCCAACUCUGGUUGGCUUCUGGACCCAGAUCAAAGCUCUGGAUUCAUCAUCUUCCCCCAUACCUCAGCUGGAGACUUCUGUUACCCUAGGGGAUUCUACAAAAUCUUCUUCUCAAGCCCUUGCUUUCUCUACCAAGGGUGAGGUUCCUGGAUGGUCAACUCUGAAUAAGAAAUGUUUUAAAGUAUAUGUCCUGCCUCCACCUGUUAGAUUGUAAGCCUCAAAUAGAUGAAGAACCUAAGAUACAGACUGACACUUGUCAAGAAUAACAUAAAUCAAUGAGGAAGCUGAGGUGCACAGAAGUUGAAGCUUGUCCAGUGCCACAGAGCAAAGCUGGAAGUAAAGCUUGUAUUCCCUGACUUCCGUGUUAGAGAUAUUUCUACUUCAGACUUUUGCUUCUUGGUGAGUUAAUGUGGGAAAAAUCCUGGUAUUUCGAAGAUGUUUCAGCACAGUAUUGUUUCCUGUUUAAAUUUCCAGUAAUUUCAAGAGUUUUCAGAAAAAAAGAAAUCGGAAUUUUUGGUUAAAUCAUGCCAUCUGAACAGAAACAGUUAUUUUUUGAUGAAAAACAAGCUACUUUAAGAAAAGAUUAUGAUAUGAAAAGUGAUGUAGUUGAUACUAUCAGAUCAGUAGUUGAACCCAAAAUUUCAGAAAGUGAUUUUCAUUAUAAACUGAAAAAUGUGAAAAUUGAUUUGCCGAAGAUAAAUAUUCCAAAUGAAGUCCUAUUGAAAAAUGAAGUUGACAAAUACAGAAAAUUAUUUCAGCAUAAACCACAGACUGCACGGAAAUCUGUCGGUAUAAAGGCUGUAAGCUGUGUAGGGGAGCGUGUGUUGUUCCAUAAGUCUGAGAAGGUUGAAGAAGAGGGUAUAAAAAUGUCUGCAAAAAUACUCAGUUUCAGCUGUUUAAAAUGCCGAGAUAGUACUCGAUAUAGCCCAAAUGAUUUGCAGAAACACUUUCAAAUGUGGCACCAUGGCGAAUUACCUUCAUAUCCUUGUGAAAUGUGCAGUUUUUCAGCAAAUGACUUCCAGGCAUUUAAACAACACAGACGAACCCAUAGAAGCACUUUAGUAAAAUGUGACAUUUGUAACAAUGAGAAUGUAUAUACUUUAUUAGACUUGACAAAACAUUUUGUAUCCACACAUUGUGUAAAUGGUAGUUUUCAAUGUGAAAAGUGCAAAUUUUCCACCCUGGAUGUUGGCACAUUUGUUCAGCACAUUCAUAGACACAAUGAAAUUCAUUAUAAAAGUGAUAAAUACCAUCAUAUAUAUUUUACUAGAGGAGAGAUUCAGAAGCACCUUCAUGUUCAUUCUGUUAAAUUUCCCUUCACUUGUCAAUAUUGUAGCUAUGGUGCCGCAAGGAGGGAGCACCUUGUAAGACAUGUUCUAACGUUACACAAAGAACAUUUAUAUGCAAAAGAAAAAUUAGAAAAAGACAAAUUUGAAAAGAAGAUGGCAAAGACUUCAGUAGGACUUAAGCUAAUACUGAAAAGGUACAAAAUAGGUGCAUCAAGGAAGACAUUCUGGAAACGCAAGAAAAUCCACAGUGGAAGUGACCAAAUUCUAGAAAAAAACACUGAAGUAGUUAAAAAAGUGAACAAAACACAGGCUAAAUCUGAAGGCCAGAGUCAUCUUAUUCAAGAACAUUUUAAUGAAAAGGAUGAACGACUACGCUGUGAAAGCAAUGACAAACCUGGUGAGUCAGAGUCAGAAAAGCCAACUAUUCUGUCCACUGGACAGCAUAAUAGAGCUGAAGAGCUGUCAAAUUCUGCUUCAGGUUUCUUGAAGACUGCUGUACAAGGACCUACAGUGUUAAUGGUGAAAAACAAUAGAAUAACAGUUCCAGCUAACUACAGUGCUAAGUUUAUGGGCUUCAAGAUGGUGGAUGGAAAACAACAUAUUGUAAUAAAAUUGUUGCCUACCAGUAAACAGAAUUUAUAUUCAUCAGGCUCACAGUCAGAUGGUGCAAAGGACAGUACUGCUAAUUUGAAGCUACAGACUUUGGACACCACUGGAUUUCUAACAAGAGGAACAACUGACUUAAGUGACACAGUUUACAUGAAAGCAACUACAUUUUCAUGUUCGCCUCCUAUACUUCCAGGGAAAGUAACUUCAGAAAAAGAAAUGGCUUUACUAUCUCAGACGAGUAAUACCCUUCAAACUGUGGAUGAUGAAAAAAGUGUAUCUUCUUUUCCAACAUCAUCAGAAUUAAUUACAUCAUCAGUGAAUUUUACCACAAAAGUUGAAACAAGAGAUAAUGUUGACUUACUAGGAAGUCAUAUUACUCAUAGUUACCCUGAGGUAUCAGGUACUGCCAUGAAAAGUCCAGAUAAAAUCACCUCUGCUACCAAACCAAAUGCAUACAAUAGUGGAGAUAUGCAUAACUACUGCAUUAAUUAUGUCAACUCUGAGUCACCUGUUGAAUCUUCCAAACAAGGAUCAUUACCUUUUCAUAAUUAUUCAAAAGUGAAUAAUUCUAAUAAACGUUGGAGGUCUUCAGGAACAGCAACAUGUGAAAGCCCUCAAAGAGAAUCUUCAUCAAGUAAGACAGUUGUUCAACAACCAAUAAGUGCAUCGGUCUUAUCACUAGUGAGAAAGGAGAGCUCAAACCCAGAUAGCAUGUUAGCAUCUAUUAGCCUUUUAAAUGCUAAAGAUGAAACUUUAAAAGCUCAAGUUGAUAUAGAAGAACAGUGUGUUUUAGAAGAAGGACAAAACAUUGAUGGCCAGAAUCUAUACAUUAAUGAAAACCAAAAUUUAGAGAGCAUGACUGAAAAAUCUACAUGGGAUGACAUUUCCAGUGUUGAGUCACCUUUGAUGCCUAGGAUCACAUCUGUGUUCUCUCUGCAGAGCAAACAGGCAUCAGAAUUUUUGCCACCUGAAAUAAACCAGUUACUUCAAGAUGUAUUAAAAACAAAAUCUGAUGUAAAACAAGACUCUAGUAACACUCUAGAUAAAGGCCUGUCAGGUCACUGUGACCAGUCUUUUCAGAAACAUGAGGGAGAAGGCAAAAUUAUUGAAUCUUCAAAAGACUUCAGAGUACAAGGCAUCUUUCCAAUUCCGUCUGGUAGUAUGGGUAUUAAUGUGCCUACAAAUGAUCUGAAUUUAAAAUGUAGUGGAAAAGAAACACAAAUGCUGUCAGUGUCACAAGAUGUGAAAGAUUUGGAGAAAACACCUAGAAUUUCAGGUAUUGGCACAUUACUUAAGACUCAGUCAGAUGCGAUAAUAACACAGCAACUUGUAAAAGACAAACUACGAGCCACUACGCAAAAUUUAGGUUCUUUGUAUAUGCCGAGUCCACUUGUAAAUUCAGAACCAAAAAAAGCUAUAUUUGUCCAGACUCCAAAAGGGUUUUUUGUACCAUUGCACAUUGCUAACAAGCCUGGAUUACAUGUUGUUUCAGGAAAACCACAGGUUAAUAAUAAUCAAGGAGCACCUGCUUCUCUUCUUUUAAACAAGAAACCUGGGAUGAUUUUAACAUUUAAUAAUGGAAAAUUUGAAGGUGUUAACACUGUCAAGAGUGAGAGUUCUCAAGCUUGUGGAACUACAACAAAAGAGCCUUGCAGAACGCCUUUUUUAAAGGUAGAACCAAACAAUAAUUGUCUGACACCUGCACUUUGUUCCAGCAUUGGCAGUUGUUUGAGCAUGAAAAGUAGCUCAGAAAAUACUUUGCCAUUAAAAGGCCCUUACAUUAUUAAAACGCCAUCAAGUUCUUCAGUGAAAGCUGUUCCUACUUUUAAUAUAGUACCUGAGCAUCGGGGUGCUAAGUCGAAUGUCUUGAAUUCAGUAAAACAGCAAAGGGAGAUUUUUCCAAAACCACCUCUUUUUACCCUCUUGCCUGAUGGCAAACAAACUGUUUUUUUGAAGUGUGUGAUGCCAAAUAAAACUGAGCUGCUUAAGCCUAAAUUGGUCCAAAAUAGUACUUAUUAUAAAAAUAUACAGCCAAAGAAACCUGAGGGAACACCACAAAAAAUAUUGCUGAAAAUCUUUAACCCUGUUUUAAAUGUGACUGCUGCUAAUAAUCUGUCAGUAAGCAACUCUGCGUCCUCAUUGCAGAAAGACAAUGUGUCAUCUAAUCAGACUGCAGGAGGAGGGCAGAAAGAGCCAGAAUCAUCUAGAGAUGCCUUACCCUUCUUAGACGAUAUGAUGCCAGCAAAUGAAAUUGUGAUAACUUCUACUGCAACAUGCCCAGAAUCUUCUGAGGAACCAGUACAUAUCACUGAUGGUUCAGAGGCCAGGGUUUUGAGGUAUAAAACAAAUUGUACAAUUGAGAGAAGUUUUAAUAGAAAAAAGACUUCCAAAAAAAAUAUUUCAAGAAUAAAAACUCAUGUAAGAAGUAGAGAUUCUGAAACUGCCAGUGUAUCUAGAAGCAGAAACUGUAAACGAAAGUGCAGGGACAGUUACCUAGAACGUCCAAGAAAAAAAGCAACAUUACAUAGAAAGUGUAAAGAAAAGGUUAAACCUGAAGAUGUCCACGAGUCAUUUGGAUUUUGUACACCUAGGCUUUCAAAAGAUUCAGUCAGAACUUUGCGACUUUUCCCCUUUAGCUCCAAACAGCUUGUGACAUGUCCCAGGAGAAAUCAACCAGUUGUGGUGUUGAAUCAUCCAGAUGCAGAUGCACCAGAAGUAGUAAAUGUAAUGAAAACAAUUUCCAAAUUUAAUGGACGUGUACUUAAGGUUUCGUUGUCAAAAAGAACUAUCAAUGCUUUACUGAAACCAGUUUGUUAUAACCCUUCUAAAACAACUUAUGGUGAUUUUUCCAAGAGGCACAAAACAUAUAAACCUGUUUGUUCUGUGAAAGAAAGAUUUGUGCUAAAAUUAACACUCAAAAAGACAAGCAAAAACAAUUAUCAGAUUGUGAAAACUACCUCCGAAAAUGUUCUGAAGGCUAAAUUUAACUGUUGGUUUUGUGGUAGAGUAUUUGACAAUCAAGAUGCUUGGGCUGGUCAUGGGCAGAGACAUUUAAUGGAAGCUACUCGUGAUUGGAAUAUGUUAGAAUAACUUACUGUAAUUACCAAGGAAAAGAAAGGUAAAAUGAAAGGAAACAGUGGAUUUACCUUAAUACAGACAUUUUCUACUUCAGUAGAAAUUAAACAUUUAACCAUUGGCUAUAUUCUUUAGAAGAGAAAAAGUUUUAUGUGUGAUGUUGGAAAAUGCUAUUACUGCACACAUAAAUUUUGAAAGAAUUCAUUACAACACAGAUGUACCUUGAUUUGAUUUUUUAAAAAUGUGUUCUUUGGAAGUUAGGGCUAAAGUAAAUUUUGAUAAAGUUCUCCCAAUUUAGUUCUUCAGCGACUUACCGGCCGACAGCUCCAUCCAUUCCUUCUCUUUCACCAGCCUUAUGAAUCUGAUAAAUAUAGUUCCUCUGAAGAUGGAGAGCUCUUUCAUCAUGGAACUGAAUGAGUUUCACAUCAUUUGUGAGGAUAUACUAAGAGAGCUUGGGUAAAGAACUUACAUCUGCUAAAUAUAGUUCUUGUGAAGGGUAUAGGUUUCUUUGAGAGUAUAUUUCAUUCACUACAGUUAAAACUCAUAAUGCUCAAAAAGUUUUGACAAUUUUUUUUUCUCAUAAGCUGGUGUCCCUUGUCAGAGAUUGUAACACCUUUUCACGGUGAUUUUCUAAAUGGUUAGGUCAAGCAUUGCAGUACAUGGGCAGCCUUGAAAGAAUUAAACUCUCUUGGUCUCGGAUGAAGUCCAGUGAAAGAACUUGGGACACUUCUGAAUCUAUUUACAUUUUCCAGUGAGCCCCUUGCAUAGAACUAUGCUUGUUUGAUUUAAAUUGUCCCCCAUAAACCAAAUUGCCAUUUUUUUCUUGGUUGCCAUUUCUUUAAAAAGAGUGGAACAUAGAAGCACUUCCAAGGGAAUGGCUUUUUUUUUGAAAACUAAAAAUUCUACAGAAAUGAUAUUUUGAAGCAAGAUUAGCAAAGUGAAUCCUAUUUUUGUGUGUGUUUAAUUAGUGUGUGAACAUCUCCACAUUGGGACAAACCAUUUUUGUUAGCAAGUUUUGGGUAUGAUGUAACCCAAAACAGAUUAUUUACUAAUUAUUGGCAGUCGAAAGUAAUCAUUAAUAGUGGACCUCAGCAGUGGCACAUAAAACUUCAGGACAGAUUCCUAAGGGAUGUGCCCAACAGAGGAAGAAUUUUAAAAUGGGUGUUUUUGUGACAGCGGCAGAAUCAUCGGCUUCAACUUUUCACCUUUAAGUUUGGAUCGACUUUUUUUUUAAUCAGUGAAUAAUAGAGUUCUAUUGGAAAAUUACACGCUAUAUAAUUUUUUGUUACAUUGUUACUACAAGUAUUAUGACAUUUUCAUUGAUUGAGUGAAAACUUCAGGGCUUCUUUUCUGUAUAUAACAAAGAAUUUAAACCUGUACAUAUUUUUGUACCUUUCAUUGUGUAAAUUUUGCACAGAAAGUUUUCGACAUAAAUUUUAUUUUUUUUUCUAUUUAGUUCUGUGCAUGCACUAAUAAAACUGGUUGUUUAAUUUAAAAGGAAUAUAUAAAACUUUACCCAUAUUAUUUUCUUGGUUUUUAUUUCAGAGAUAGAAUCUUUUGGGGGGGAUAAAUUCAUUUUUCAGGGAUUGAACACUAUUGUUAGCAAGUGCCUAAAAGAUGUGAAACAGUUUACAUAUAUCAACUGUAACAGUAGGUCCCAAAUGGGCCCAUUCUCCAAAUAGUUUUAUUUUAAAGAAAGCCAUACAUAGAUGCUUCAAGCUAAUCUUGCUAUGCACAUUAUACAUGUACUGUUUUUGUGCAGUUUGUCUACUUUCUUAGUGAAGUAUUUUUUGUAUAAAACCUGUUAAAAUUGUGUUUCUUAAAUUGAGCCUGAGAAUGGAGGUGAUUGGAAAUAUACAGUAUAUAUUAAUAAUGUACAUGGUGUUUAAAGAAUGGUAAGCAUUGUUAAUUUCUGUAAUGAACAUUUUCAAUUAAAUUUGAGUUUGUGUUUACACAAUUUUUCUGCUGUGCUAAAAUCAAAUGGGAAUUUUACUCUAUUGGGGAAUACUUAGAUUUUAAAGAUUUUUGAUUCUAGUGAACUAUGCAAAUAAAGUGUGGGAUUUCCCGCCCCCCCCAACCACAAGUGAAAUUUGAAAAUUUGUUUGACAAAGGUAACAAAUAACCCAUGUUAUUGUGCUGUAAGGAAGCCACUAGAGAGGCUUAAUGCCCUUCAGUACCCUAAUAGCAAUAAA